AUGCCAUCUUUGGCUUUACAUCCACGAAACCUUAAGGUCAUUGGCCUGGUCAUUUUGACUCUCCAAACCACCGCGCUAGUUCUUCUCAUGAGGUACACGCGUCUUCCCUCAGCCACCAACCCCGCCAGUAGCCUCUACCUCACUUCCACCGCAGUAUUCUGUGCUGAAGUGUGCAAAGUUGUGGCCUGUUUCUGGGCUGUCUUCGUGCAGAACGGUAAUUCCCUCAGAGCGACAUCUACCGAAUUGCAACGUGAGCUCUUCUCUGCGCCGCUGGAACUUGUCAAAUUGGGCGUUCCUGCGGGGCUAUACACCUUGCAGAAUAAUCUGCUCUACGUGGCCCUAUCCAACCUUGAUGCGGCCACGUAUCAAAUCACCUAUCAGUUGAAAAUCCUCACUACGGCUGUGUUUAUGGUGGUGAUGUUGCGCAAGAGGAUUACGAUCUCGCAGUGGAUCGCUCUAUUAAUUCUCGUUAUAGGAGUUGCUUUUGUCCAGCUAGCGCCAUCUGCCAACGCAACAGCCAAAACUCCCAAACCACUGCCAGCACACCAGAAUACCCUAAUUGGUCUCACCGCCGUAAUUCUGGCCAGUCUUUCUAGCGGAUUUGCAGGAGUCUACUUUGAGAAACUCAUGAAGUUCACCGCACCCUCCAUUUGGAUUCGUAAUAUUCAACUCGUUUGCUAUCGUCGUGGUACUCUUGAAGGUGCUGUACAAAGCAUUAUUACAAAAGCGCAUUUAUCAACUGUGCACAAGUUGAAUGGGCAGCAGGAAUGGGCGGAGCUGCGCACCACUGACUCCCAGUGGUUGGAUAAGUGGAAGCUUUAUUCUGGUGCUUAG